CUCCUCCGGAUCAGAACCGGGAGAUCGGGGGCUCGUUCGGGCGAAACUCUCGCCCAGGGAAACGAGGCGACAGCCUUCGGAUCGGGCAGGCGGCUCGCGCGGCUUCCAGUCAUGAGAGGUGGUGGCAAUACCAAUUGGAUAAUGGUGAUGGCUUUGGCACUGACCAUGUUUUGGGUCAAUGCAAAGGAUACAGAAGAUCACUGCUUAUCUGGAGGGAAGCACAACAUCAAUCCAAGCGCAAAAGAAGAGUUGGGCAUCUGCCAGAUUUAUGCAGAAAAUGCCUGUUGCUCAGCAGAAGUUGCCCAGGAACUUUCCAAAGUCGGUGCUGGAUCUUGGAAUCGUUGUGGAAGCCUCAGCAUCAGGUGUGAGGAGUACCUUCAGCAAUUGGACUGUUUUUACCACUGCUCCCCCAUUGCUGCUCAAUGGCCUCACCCUGAACAACCCACAGCCCUGAUGGCUGUACCUCUCUGCCAGAAUUUCUGUGACCAGUGGUACGACGCUUGCAGAGAGGAUCUGACCUGCCCUGGCAACCGGCCCUGGGGAGCUGACGGACGUAACUGUAGUCAGGAAUGCCAUUCCUUUGGCCAGAUGUAUAAGGAUGGCAAGGAGCUGUGUGAGAACAUCUGGGAUGAUGCUUUCAUAGUAAGCACUGACCCUUGCCAGUGCCUGAUGCUGGAUGGCUCUGACACAGCCUUCUCCACCUCUUAUUCUCACCUCAAAGAGAGCAACAGCCUAAAAGAGAUAGACAUCAACAAGGCAGGCAAAGAAAGAAAAGAUCGCGUGAGCCCUUGCAGAGGCAACCUGUUACUUCAGCGUCUAAGAAGGAAUCUGCAGAAGCAUUCUAUUUUUGUGGAAGAUAUGGAGGGAAGUGGAAGUGGAUUCUAAUCCAAGGUAACCAUCCUUCCAGAAGAAAAAAAAGCCCCCUCUCCAGUGAUUGCCUGGAGCUUGGGGGGGAUCGCUUGUGAUCUAUGCAAUUCUGUCACAUCCUAUACUACCAGCUUCCUGCCAUCUUCUACAACUCUUGUGCAUCUCAUGGCGUAGGCUGUGAAUCUGGCACCUUCCAGGACUCUUGAGCCCUAUGCCCUAGCAAUAGAGGUUACACCAUUAGGGCACCUCUUGGGAACUUGCCUGGAACCAAGAUUCCCCAAAUACCCAGAGUAGAAAAGGUGUUAGAGAACAGUAAGCAUUUCCCUCUCUGUCUUCUUUGUGUCCUAAGAGCUGUCUCAAGGAAGAG